GCUCGGCGGCCCCGCCCGCCGCUCUCGGGAUUUAAUUGCAGGGGCCGCUGGGCCGCGCGCUAUCCGGCCCUGCUGCGGCACCGCCGACAUGGCGUCCACCAGCCGUUUGGAUGUGCUUCCAAGGGUGACUUGCCCAAAUCAUCCAGAUUCCAUUUUAGUGGAGGAUUACAGAGCUGGUGAUAUGAUUUGUUCUGAGUGUGGGCUAGUAGUAGGUGACCGGGUCAUAGACGUGGGCUCGGAGUGGAGAACGUUCAGCAAUGACAAAGCCACCAAAGACCCAUCUCGAGUUGGGGACACCCAGAAUCCUUUGCUCAGUGAUGGUGACUUGAGUACAAUGAUUGGCAAGGGCACAGGUGCAGCAAGUUUUGAUGAAUUUGGGAAUUCAAAGUACCAAAAUCGCAGAACUAUGAGCAGCUCUGAUCGUGCGAUGAUGAAUGCUUUUAAAGAAAUUACAAACAUGGCAGACAGAAUCAACCUCCCUAGAAAUAUAGUUGAUCGAACAAAUAAUUUAUUCAAGCAAGUGUAUGAGCAAAAGAGCCUGAAGGGGAGAAGUAAUGAUGCUAUUGCUUCCGCUUGUCUCUACAUAGCCUGUAGGCAAGAGGGCGUUCCAAGAACAUUUAAAGAAAUAUGUGCCGUGUCCAGGAUUUCAAAGAAAGAAAUAGGCCGGUGUUUUAAACUUAUUUUGAAAGCUCUGGAAACCAGUGUUGAUUUGAUUACAACUGGAGACUUCAUGUCACGAUUCUGUUCUAACCUGGGUCUUCCCAAACAAGUACAAAUGGCAGCAACCCAUAUUGCCCGGAAAGCUGUGGAAUUAGAUUUGGUUCCUGGGAGAAGCCCUAUCUCUGUAGCAGCUGCAGCUAUUUACAUGGCAUCACAGGCUUCUUCAGAGAAAAGGACGCAAAAAGAAAUUGGUGAUAUUGCUGGUGUGGCUGAUGUUACGAUUAGACAGUCAUACAGGCUGAUCUAUCCUCGAGCUCCAGAUCUUUUCCCAGCAGACUUCAAGUUUGAUACCCCAGUAGACAAACUACCACAGCUGUGAGAUUGCAGAGGGUUAAUUUCUGUUAACCCCCCCAAAAAAAACCCAACAAAAACAAACUCUUUAUUUUUGCCUAUAAUAAAGGAUGUACAAAGUGUUAA